CCCAGCAGUCGCCAUGCCACCUGUCUGGGCGUUGUGUCUCCUCCUCUUCUCUUCAGCGAGCUCUUUGUCCCUCAAUGUCACCUCCACCCAGCUCCUCGUGGCCUCGGAGGACCUCCUUUCCAUGGAUGGAGCCCCGAGAGGCCUGAGCAGGAGAUUGCUGAGCCUAUCGCCGCCGUUCGCCCUCACCAACAGCCCCAACGAGGCCUGCAGGAACGACAGCUUCGCCUACCUCAAUGCCCUCAACAGCUUUGAUCUUCAAGCAGUAAUGAUGUACGACGCCAACGCAAAGUUGCCAUCAGGACUCCUCAGCGGGAACAUGAACCAGUACGGAGACAUGGACCUCUGCCUCCAGUCGGGCGCCCAAUACUGCCUCGCCUACGUCGACAUCAAGCUCACGGAUCAUGAGUACCAUGUGCUGUCCAAGGUCCACUCCUUGCUCCAUGCCCACUUUGCCUUUAGGAGCACCUUCCAUGACCCAGGACACAGAGUCCCAAGAUUUAGUAACCUUCAUUGGGCAGUCUGCGUCCCAAGGUCCUGCUUACCGAAGGAUGUUGAAUCUUCUCUGGAAUCGGUGGCUGAUGAACUUUCUGCUGGAACAGGUCUUAAAACCUCUGUCAUGGUGGUACCUGAAAUGUGCCAAGUAUCAAAACCUUUUUCCCCUCCUACUUCUACUAUUUUUGUCGGGUGUUUAUUUCUAAUUCUUUUUGGAACAAUUCUUUUAGCUACAUGUUAUGAGUUCUUCUAUUGGACUGGAAAUACUAACAAUUUCUGGGUAGAAAUUCUAAUGGCAUUUUCAUUGAAAAAAAAUAGCAAAAAACUGUUUUCCCUUGAAGCUUCUUCUGAUGAUAUAUCAAGUCUUCAUGGCAUCAGGUGCUUCAAUGCCAUUAUGUUGUAUCUGUCUCAUAAAUCUAUGGCUCUUUUUUUCAACCCUUACAUAAACAGAACGCAUAUGACAGAGGCAUUGGGGAAACCAUGGACUGUGGUUGCAAGAGCUGCUAGUCUUUAUACGGAUCCAUUUAUUAUGAUGAGUGGGCUCCUCACAACUUACACUAUUGGCAAGCGAUUUAUUAAAACAAACUCUAUUGAUGUUCCCAAGGAAAUAGCUUCAAGAGUUAUGAGAUUGGUGCCAACGAUGGCUGGAUUGAUCUUGUUCUGCACGUUUAUACUUCCCCACCUUGGCUCAGGUCCACAAUGGCCUCUGGUUGUAAACCACCACGCAGAGCUCUGUAAACAGUACUGGUGGAGGAAUAUAUUGUUUAUUCACAAUUACUUUGGUUUUAAGAACAUGUGUUUAACUCAUACUCAUCAUAUCGGGAUCGACACCCAGCUGUUUCUUGUUUCACCUUUGUUAAUCUUCUUGGUCUAUAAAUGGCCGAGGCACGGAUUGUUAACUCUACUCUCGAUUGGAAUCAUAUCGACAAUAUUAAGAUUCUAUACAGUCUAUAUUAAGCAACUCAACUUAUAUGUUUACUUUGGGAACCCGGUUGCUCAAAUGUUCAAUACUGCUGAUUACUCCUAUAUUCUCCCGACUCACCGUGCAACUGUGUACGUUAUAGGAAUAGCAUUGGGAUAUUUUCUCCAACAAUUAGGAAGAGAUGUUAAACUGAAAAAGGCACAUAUGACACUGGGUUGGUUGGUCAGUAUUUUACUGUUAUACUUCUCUCUCGUGCAUCCGUCUAAAAUGGGGGAUAGAUCAUAUAUCUACGACAGAAUGGAUGCUGCUAACUAUUCCGCAUUUGCGCCAAUUGCUUGGUGUUUAUUUUUCUCUUGGUUAAUAUUUCUCUCCCAUACUGGAAAUGGAGGCUUCCUCUGUGACCUGGCGUCAUGGAAAGGGUUUCAGAUCACAUCAAGGCUUUCUUAUACCUUCUAUUUAACACAGUUUCCAGUUUUCUUCUUCAAUGUUGGAAGGACUCGUCAUUCUGAUUAUUACACAAUGCAAUUCUUGUUUGACGUCAAAGAGACCGUUGCUGUGGUAAUUGCCUCCAUCUUGUUAAGCCUGUGUAUCGAAAUGCCUUUUCAAAACAUAAGGACUGUUUUAAUUAAGAAACCCAAAUCAUUAAACGUUAAAAUAGAGAAUAAAAUAAAGUAGUCAUAUGUAGCAAUAUACAAACUUGUUCGAAAGCCUUUUGGUGAAUUUCCUCAGACUGAAAAUAGAUCAAGUUGUCGAGUUUUAGAUCACUCACUCUAUGAGCUAGGGAAAUUUUUGAAUUGAAAUCAACUGUGAUGUCUUAUUUAAUAUUUAAUACCUGAAAUAUUCUUCAUUAUUUCAAAUGUAAAUAUAUUUUUAAACCCAUGUCAAUUUUGUAGAUAAAAUAGAAUUAGUAUUAAGUAGUAAGUGUUAACUACAAUUUUUAUAUUUUAUAUAAUUAUUUAUUUGUAAUUAAAAGAAGAUAAAGGAAUUAAUCAUUGUUAAAGAGAAAUGUAUAUACAAUUAUUGAAUGAAAAAUUCUCAUGAACUAAUAUAAUAUGAAGAUUAAGAUAUUUCUUUAUAGUGAUUUGGUUUCUAUUAAUUAAUUUUACCGAUUUCGUUAUCAUAUCGAAAAUUAUAGUUGAAGAUAACAUAAAAUGUACAAAGAAUUGUAUAAUAAAUAGUUUUAGUGAAUUAUUCUAUUAAGAUAAAAAUUCAAAUAUAUUGUUGAAUAAUGGAAAUAUAUUGUUUUUGCUAGAGAUUAUUUAUUUUCCUGUAUUACUUGUGACUGUUCAUUAUUUUGAGAAUACCGCAAAAUAUAAACUAUUUUUUACUAAAAUUUUAAAAGAUAAAAACUUGCACCCUUAAGAGUCAUUGGUAUUAUGCUGUUUGUUUUUCCUAUUAUUUUUUUGUUUAGACGGAUACUUUUUAAAAAAUUUAUAAUUUUUUCGAUGUUGUUUUUGCUGCCUCUCUUUGAGGUUUCCUAAUAGCUCCAUUAUUAUAUCCAUAUUUAUAUAAUUGUUAUAAAUUUAUUUAUAUAUAAUUAAUAAAGUUUAUAUAAUUUGUAUAAUAUGUUGUAAAACUUUGUUUAUUUGUAAUGAUUGAGGAGUAGCCAGAAAAGGAGGCAUGACAGAAGUUGCACCACCAAAAUUUUUGAGGGAGCACAUUUUGAUUAGGCAAUGAGUUUCAUAUUUUUGUGGGGUUUCGAUUUGGAAGAAUCAGAAACCCCAUGUGCAACAGUCCACAGCAAGUGUAACUGUAUAAGAAAUAUAAUUAAUUUUACAUUUACUUGCACUAUUUUCAAGGAGUUAAUAAAAUAUUUUGUUAGGUGGUUAGGGGUGGUGGUGAUCUCUCUUGACCUUGGGAGGGAUGGUCACUCGCAUAAUAAUUAAUUUAGGAAUGAUUUUAAUUUUAAUAAGAUUGUUAGAAGAAAUUAUUAGAUUUUGUAAUAAAAAAAAAUAAAAAAUUUAUCAGCCUUUUUAUUCAGUCUUAUCAUUACUUUAAAAAAAAGAAUACCAUUAUACAGUUUUAGAAUCAAGUGAUUGCCUUAGUAGCGUACAAUAUUGUUAUUACAUCCAUUAAUCAAAUUAGUUUAAAGUUCUCCUUUAAAAAUUGUAUUUUUAUUUUAGGAGCUGUAGUUUGAGCCUCCUCAUUUCCAUUUAAAAACAAUAAUAAUGACAGUCAUAUUAUCACAUCCUGGACCGCAAUUCUCAGUGGUUGGAGCAAGGCAUUUAUCCAUCAGCUGUUCACAAAUUGUGUCUGGUUGCAUACCUUCAUCAAGUCUCACUUUGAUAAAAUUUGUCACUUCUUCAUUUGUUAGACAUUCCCAUAUCCCAUCACAUGCUAUUAUUAGAAAUUUCCAAUCUGUAGAAAGAUGUUUUGUUACAACAUCUGGAAAUGGACUCACUAUUUGUUUCUCUGGUGGUUUUAAAGGAUCUGCUUUGAAUUGAAAAUCACCAAAAGCUCUUGAUAAUGCCAAAGAACCAUUAACUCGUUCUUGUUCGACCCAUCCUCCUGCUUCUAAAAUUCUUGACCUUUCACCUGGAAGAGUAGGUUUAUGGUCUUCAGAAAGUGAAACAGUGCCUCCGUUGACAUAAGCUACUGCUCUGGAAUCUCCAACGUUUGCACAAUAUAAAGUAUUAUUUUUAAUAACAAUCACUAUUGCUGUAGAUCCUGACAUGUCUUCAUUUAUGUCUUUAUUUUUGCUCAUUUGAUUAUCGAGGUCUAAAAACGAAAAUUCCAAAGCAUUUUUUAUCUUACCCGCUUGAUAUUCUUUGGAUUUUACCAGGUAUCUAUGAAGAUUCUUACUUACGAAAUCUGCCACCUUUGUUCCACCAUGACCAUCAUACACUCCAAAGAAAGAAGCAACUGGGGCCUCGUCUUCUGGAAGUGUAGGCAGGACUGUGUGAGCAUCUUCCAUUGAAACACGCCAGCCCUGCAUCGAGCUUAAGCCAACUGUGUACUUUGGAGUGUCCAUUUUGGAGGUAUGUUUCUCUCGAACUGGUUCUGUUAACAGCUGACCCAUUUUGCUCAAAUCAUGUCCUAGAACAAUUUUACAAAUAAACAUAAAAUCUUAUUUUGUUUGUUCUCUCUACUACUUAUUAAGAUUUUUAAGUUUUACGGGGGGACAAUAAUAUGAUAAACUUUAAUAAUUAUUAAAAUUUAUUUAAACAGAUGCACUCUUAACAGUAUUGGUUUAUAUAAUAUCCAAAAGUUAAUGUGACAAAACAGUUUUUAUCAAUAUAUGUUUGACAAAUAAUGAGAAGAUAUGGAUAGUCAUGAUAUUUCAUCAGAUCAAUAGAUAUAGAUAUAAUAAUAAGCGUGACCCUGAAACAUCAUUAACAAACAAAACUUAAGUUACUAGAAAAAACAUUAUAUCAAAAGAUAUUUAUUAAAAGUGUAUUGUUUCUAAACAUACCUGUCAGUA